AGGGGCAAGAAAAGACCUGUGAGGUUUGGGAGGGAGGAGGGGUGCGGAUGUGCAAGGGGGGCCCUGUUGGCACCCAUCAGCGGCAGCCCCUUCAUCCCGCCACCCGUGCCCACCCAGGCGGGGAGGGUGGUGGGGGCCUGGGAUGGAGCUGGGGGAGGGUGCGCGGGGGGAGAUUUUGCGGCGAUGUUUAAUAUUCAGGUCACAUGACAAUGGCAGCAGGAGCAGCACCAGCAUCCCCGCUCUGCUGAAAUAGCCACUGGAGAAGGAGGGGAAGGAGAGGGGGGGAGAAGAGGACACAGGGAAGAAAGAGAGAGGUAAAAGCGGAGCCUUGUAGCCCACCGCACCGCGUCAGCAUCAGGCUAGAAAAGUGUGAGGAGAUCCACCCCCUUGGGAGAGGAUUUGGAGACAAAGGAAGCUUCAUGUUCAAAGGGCCAGUGGAGAGCAAAAACGAAGCAGCCAUGUCUGAGCUGGUGCCAGAGCCACGACAAAAACCCGUCGUACCGAUGAAACCCACGGGCAUUAACACCAACUUGCUGGGCUACAUCGGUAUUGACACCAUCAUUGAGCAGAUGCGCAAGAAAACCAUGAAGACAGGUUUCGACUUCAACAUCAUGGUUGUAGGUCAGAGUGGACUGGGAAAGUCAACACUGGUGAACACUCUCUUCAAAUCUCAGGUGAGCCGCAAAUCUUCGGGCUGGAACCGGGAGGAGAAGAUCCCCAAGACAGUGGAGAUCAAAGCCAUUGGGCACGUCAUUGAAGAAGGUGGUGUCAAAAUGAAGCUGACAGUGAUUGACACACCAGGAUUCGGGGACCAGAUCAACAAUGAGAACUGCUGGGAACCUAUUGAGAAAUAUAUCAACGAGCAAUAUGAAAAAUUUUUGAAAGAGGAGGUGAAUAUUGCAAGGAAGAAACGAAUUCCAGACACGCGAGUGCACUGCUGCCUCUACUUCAUCUCCCCUACCGGCCACUCCCUGCGCCCUUUGGACCUGGAGUUCAUGAAACAUCUCAGCAAGGUAGUGAACAUCAUCCCGGUUAUUGCCAAGGCUGACACCAUGACCUUGGAGGAGAAGACUGAAUUCAAACAAAGAGUGCGCAAAGAGCUAGAAGUAAAUGGGAUCGAGUUUUACCCCCAGAAGGAAUUUGACGAGGACCUGGAGGAUAAAACAGAGAACGACAAAAUCAGGGAAAGCAUGCCCUUCGCAGUGGUUGGCAGCGAUAAGGAGUACCAAGUGAAUGGCAAAAGAGUCCUGGGCAGGAAAACACCUUGGGGAAUCAUUGAAGUGGAAAACCUCACUCACUGUGAAUUUGCCCUACUUCGAGAUUUCGUCAUCAGGACCCAUCUUCAGGACCUAAAAGAAGUGACCCACAACAUCCACUAUGAGACCUACAGGGCCAAACGGCUAAAUGACAAUGGAGGGCUGCCCCCCAUGACUGUCGAGACAGAGGAAAACCACGAAAGUAACCUGUGAAUGACACCCCAGCCCCUUCCCCACUGUCACCCGGUGUGUCUGGACACGACAACCCACCCCUGCUACCCUUGAUUCUGCCAUAGGUCUGUCUCUGAAGCAUGUGAUGCCUCCUCCAUGUGUGUGAGUGCGUGUGUGCCUGUGCUGGAGAGGGACCCGAGGUGUCUCCUCUGUACUUACCAGGGUGUCCUCAUUCUCCAUUUGUUUUUUGCACAGUGGACUGUCCGUCAUCUUCCUUUCUCUUGUUUCUGUGUCUCAACUGUGUGUCUUACCUGCGGAAAAUAGGGAUGAGGGAGAAGGAUUUCCGGAGGCAGGCGGGCUCCAGAGGUGGGGGCAUGCUCUGGUUCUGCUUUUAUCACUUGGAGACAUAGCAAGGAGAGACUCCAGGAGAGAUGGUGGAGUCAGUGCAUGCAGUGUCUUCAAGUGAUGGCAGCAGGGAUUUCUCCCACGUCCUCGGUGGGUGGGAAGGCAGCUGGCUGGUCUGAGGGCACAGUGGUGCAGCAUCUUAUCCCCAUUUCUGGCUGUGGCUUCCCAAAGAGAUAUGGCAGCUUGGAAGUAGAUAGAUGGGAGAAGUGACAGACUGACAUGUUUUGUGGUUCAGGGACAGUGACUGGUAGGAGGAGACAGAAUUAGGUUUUGGGCUGUAGCAUCUAUUUGAGGAGCAUCAAAGUACUUGGGGAAAAUAACCAUAUUUUCAAAAAGAAGCAAAACGCAGAGGAAAAGAACGUGUUUCUGUUGUAGAAGAUGCACUUGCCUUGCCCAGUGCAAAGACCAAAAGCCAUGUUUGAGCAUCACAGUCUUUUGAUCCUAUGCGGCUUCCAGCUCAGACCAAGCUAUCCUGAGGUCACUCCACCCCACCCAGGUGUCUCCCUGGGUCUCCAUUGGUGGUGAGAAUACAAGAGGUAUCUCCUCCUCACUGAAAUGGCUGUGUUUGCUGUUCCAGCAGUCUUAGCCUGUGCUGCUCCCCCAUGCUCCUACUGCCCUCCCUGCUCCCAUGUCCUCCCCUCCUGUGCUUUUGUCCUCAUUCCCUUUUUGCCCUCCACAGUAUUAAGGACAUUUAUUUUCCCCAGGUUUCCCAUAGCAGAGACUCAGGCAUGGAUUCCAGAAAUUCUUCUAAAAUAACUUAUUUUGCAAGGGAUAGUGUAGAGCAGCUUGAGCUGGUGCCUCCUGAAGAGGGACCCUCAGCAGAAAAAAAACUUGGACAACUAUACCCCCCCGAUCCAAGCCUUCAUCCCGCACAUGUCACUCCAGGCAAACCGCAAAAUUAGGGUCUGAGGUCUCCCUGUUCUUUGUUAUAUCUCUUUGUUUUUGUCAGGCAGCCUGACAAUUAAAGCUCUGACCUUCAGUUGCUAUUUUGCACCUGCAGCUGGAGAAAAUGAGUUCUUGGCAAUAGCCAAAACAUCCUUCUGUUUUGUCUUCUGUUAGAUGCUGUUCUCUUCCUUUACUUAUCUCCAGGGAUACACGUUCCCUGAUCUUCUAGCUUGAAGACUCUGAGACCUUUUUUACUUAACAAAGCAGAAAGUUCAAGGUUCACAGCUUGCCGAAGUUAACCUAAGCAAACUUAUUUACACUAAGUGGACUCUACAGAAGCAGUUUCUAUAGAAGCAGUUUCUAACCAAGUUCUACAAGGAGCAGUAUACCCAAUAAUUCAAUAAGCUAAGGCACAGUUCUUCUUCUUCCUUCCUUCCUACCUUCCUUCCUUCCUUCCUUCCUUCCUUCCUUCCUCCCUCCCUCCCUCCCUCCCUCCCUCCCUUCCUUCCUUCCUUCCUUCUCUCACUUUCUCAGCUCUCAGCCCUUUCUGUCUCUCCUCCAUUUCUCCAAAUACUUGAAUCUUGCUCUUCUCCAGGUUGUUUCCUCCCUCUCCCAGCUCUCAUAUCUCUUCCUUAUCCAUGUGCUUUGGUUGUAUUGCUUUGAAAAGCAGUCAUUCUACCUUCCCCUGGAGGGGAUGGGGAGGGAAGUUAAAGACCCAGGAGCAGAAAGAGGCACAGCUUUACUGAAGACUAUAAGCUCAUGUCUAGCGAGAUUCAGCUCUUUUCUGGAUGUCCCCAGGCCAGGCAAAAAGCUGGCCUGGCUGGACAGAAGGGAAAAGGGGAGACAUCACAGACAUUCUGAGUUUGGCAGUUUCUGCCUGUCACUUAGCAUGUCACACAGUUGGCAGGGGUUUUCACCUCCAGCAGAACAGCCAGUUGCAUUUAAAAUGCAUGUAACAAUGCCAUGGCACAGGACAGUAGUAGUGCUGCGAGUCCAGGGAAGUGUGGUGGGUUUGGGAAGGGGGUUGGAAAGGCUGGUGCAGGAGGGAGGAAGAGGUCUCAGUGAGGGAGUUGCAGGGGAGAACUCAAGCCAAGCCUGAGGUUGGUUGACAGAGCUGUACAGGGGUCAGUGCUGGGAAGAGGCUGCUCCAAGCCUUAGCAAAACCAACUAAGAGCUUAUGUCCAUCUUGUGGUUUUCUCUGGUGCUGUCACUGCAAAACAAAGUUCACUCUUGUUCCCCUGUCCAUGCAAAUCAGCCAUUCUCAGCACUGCUAGGACAUAAGGGCCACAGCAGCCCUUCGCAGUCCUUCCACCACCCACGUUCACAGCUCCUGGUGUUCCUGUACGCAAUGUGUGCGUACAGCCUUGCAUCCACCUUCCUGCCUGCACCAGUCCUCCCUGGCCCUGCAAAGAACAAAAACUUAAUCACCGGUGCCAGCAGCUGUACCACGGACCUUGCAGAAACCAUCCUGCUACAAUGCUACCCAUCCCACCACCCACACCAGCCAUCCACAGCCCAACAUGGGGCCAAAGCCUCCUCCCAGCUUGUCUCCACCAGUCACCAAGGCAUGGACAUGGCACCACCAGCUGCCAGAUGCAUCUUCUCAGCCUGUUCUGCUGUGGCUGCUCCUGCUCAGCCUCUACAUAAUGUUUUAACCCAGUGCAAUAGGAAAGACUAAUCCAGGGCUCCUCUUCUUCACUGCACUGAAGCGUGAAGCCACGUUCCACCGUCUGUAGCAGAGGCGCGCACUUGCUUUCUCACACAGCUCUCUCUGGCGGCCAUGCAACUGCUCCCGAGGAAUUCUUGCUGCUGGGCUCCAGCACCCCCGGCUGCAGUGUGGUCAUUUCUACAACUUUUUCAACAACUUUUGGACCCAAACAAGUGUUAUAGCUGGGAGGCAAUGCCGCCCUGCUCAAAGAAAGCAAAGCAGACGCCACACAACAGGAGAGAGAGAUUAUCAUUUGCCUGUAACAUGGAUUACAAGGACAAGGCUGUGUGUUUUGCCUUUUAUGAUUAGGAAUUUUUGUUUGCUUGUGAUAAGGUGUUUUUUAAGCUCCGCUUUGUAAUCUCCUGUCAGAUCAUGGACUACUUCUAAGGAUCCAUAAAAGCUUGCUGAGAAAAGCAAGCUCAGGUAUUCCCCACUGCCAUCUGCUCCUGGAAAUAUCCAACUGUUAUCUGCCCAUCUACCAGAAAGUCUACAAAUGGCAAAUAUCAAAAAUUUGUCAUGUUGUGCAACAACAGGAAAUAGUGUUGGAAGAAAGUCUCCGCCAACACGUAAGCUGGGAAAAACCUGAAGGGAUCCUUGCUCUCGUGUGCCACCAGCUGAGUCCUGCGAUGACCACAGCACAUCAGACGCUCCCCUCAGAGACACCACUUGAACGAUAUCAUAGCACGGUGGAGUCUAGAUUUUACACCAGAGGGACAUACUCAGUGUGUUCAGAGAGUCGUGAACUCUUCACCACAUAAGCCAUUGAACAGAAAAACUUGGCAAUGCGUGGUAAAUCCCAAAGACCCUUUUUUUUUUUUACACCGGACAAAUUCAUUUAGGCCAGGAUGCUAAUGAUCACGGUUAUGCUGUGAGCGCAGAGGGCAGGAGGAGCGAGCGGCGCUACGUGUAGGCACUAGUACUUGUGGUUAGUUGUGAGGACACGUCAUUGCGGUUCACGACCGUUUGUCAGCGGUGUCUCGGGGGAAAGGGCCGCCUAAGAUGCGCUGCCGCCACCUUUCCCAGCCCAACAGAGACCUCGGGACGAGGGACGCGGCGCCGCGAGGGUCAGGCGAACAGACAACGGCAAAAAUCGCGCUGCAGCCGGACACUGGGCCGGGGCCGUUCAGGGAGAGCGCCUUCCCCGACCGCCUCAGGCCCAACCAGGAGCGGCCCAGGCCGCAACUCUCCCCGGCGGCCACGCACGGGCCUGGAGCAGAGCGAUGCCGGGGCUGCCCCGCGGCGGGGAACACGCGAUACCGGGGGACAGGGCGGUCCGGACGGUGUAACCGCCUGCAGCGUCCCCUCCACCGGCGGCCAUUAAACCAGCGUCGCCUUGACAA